UUUAUAGAGGUGUCUGUAAAAACCAUCGGCAGUUAGAUGAAGUUAUAUUGGUAUUUCUUUGGGGUUUCCUAUUUGAUUUGAAUCUUGAUUUCACUGUUCUUUCUGCACUCAUUCGUUUUUUUUCGUUUUCUCCCGCUCGUUCUUCACCAUUUUGGGGUUCGAAUUUUCAUUCAGUUGCUAAGAUGGAAAACAACGACCUAUUUCCUGCUAAGAAGCAAGAAGCUGAGGAAACUAAGUUUAUUUCUGAGGAGAAGCCUCCUCCUCCUGUGACGACCAAAGUUGCUAAGAUGGAAUAUACCAACUGGUCUCCAUUCCUGAAGGAAAACUGCGAACGGUAUCUUGCUAAGAAGAAAGAAGAGGACAGAAAGUAUUUAUCUGAAAUUCUUCGUCCUCCUGCUGUGAAGACCAACAUUGCCGACUACAAAACCAUUGCCGACAAUCAUACUUUAACGACUACAAAACCAUUUCCCAACCCAAAUGAAGGAUUAAAAGUUGAAAGCUUUGAAGGAGAUCCUUUUGCAACGACUAACCUAUUUUCUAAAAAUAAAGAAAUGGAAAGUAAACUACGUUGUUGUCAGCCUUCUAACAUAUUUAUCGACCCGCUUCUUGCUGAGAAGCAUCUUGUGACGUCUGAUCCUGUGACGUCUGACACGCUUCUUGCUGAGGAGCGUCCUGUGACAUCCGACACGCUUUUUGUGAUGUCUGACCCAUUUCUUGCUGAAAGAGUUGCUAAGAGGGUAGAGGAAGAGCCUCUUGAGACGACCAAUCCGGUUUGCAACCCUUUUCCUGCUAAGAAAGAAAAGGAAAGUAAGUUCGUAAGGACCAAACCGCUUGUUGCUGAGAAGCAUCCUGUGAUGUCUGACCCGUUUCUUGCUGAGAGGCCUCCUCACAUGUUUCUAAACAUUUUUUUUGCUUAUCAGCAAAAAGUGGAAAAACUUGCUGAGAUGCUAAAAAUAGAGAGCAUAGAGGGAGAGCCUCAAGUCACGACCGACCCUCUUGUUGCCAAGAAGCAUCAUGUGUCGACCAUGUUUCUAAACCUUUUUCUUGCUUAUAAACAAGAAGUUGAAAGAGUUGCUAAGAUGCUAAAAAAAGAUAGCAUAGAUGGAGAGCCUUUUUUGACGACUGACCCUAUUCUUGCUGAGAAGCCUCCCGUUCUUGCUUAUCAGCAGGAAGUGGAAAGCUCUAAGAAGAAAGAAGAGGAAAGUAAUACAACCAACAUUGCCGAGAAGCAUACUUUGACAUACUUUGACGACAAACCUGUUUCACAACCUGCAUCAUCAUGUGAAGCAGCUACCUGAAGUUGUUGAAUAGGUGCAUCAGAAGGGACAACCCAUCUAAAGGAAGAUACCGUGAAUUUUAUCAAUGUGACUUUGAUAUUGCUGGUUCAUCU